CCCCUCCUCACAGAGGGUAUCGGUUUGCAGGUGUUAGUCACUACAGGGGCAUGAGAAAUGCCAGCUGACCUUUGCCGGCAGUGAACCACUGCUUCCCCCAGGGCAGGCCCUGCCCCUCUAGGGAAGCUCAGCAAGGCGUGUCCUCACCACCCUCCCAGGAGCCAGGGCCCCGCUGGGCUGGGUUCAGUCACCGGGACUUGUGCAGGGGGUGAGGAGCACAGCCCCGGGCGGCCAGGCAGGAGCAUGGGCUGGGAGGGCCCCAGAUACCCGGGCCGCCAGCGCGGGCACCUGCUACCUCUGGCUCUGAGCCUCCUCCUCAUCUGUGGGCCAGGCACUGAUGGGUCUAUGAUGUCCAUUACUAACUUCCGCACAUAUGAAACUUCCUCAUGGCUGAACCGUGACCCUUCAACACCUGUGACAGUGGUUGACCCUGCAGGGACUCAGGAGUCUGUGGCAACCACCACCAGGGAGCUGAGUGAGGGAAUAUAUGGAGGCACCACGUGGUCAACAGGUGACCCUGCACCUCUGGUGACUAUCCUCAGCCUGGUCACAGGCCUGUCCACCAGAAGCCCAGGAACAUCCGAAGAUAUCAUAAAUCCAAGCUCCAAGGAGCCCAGCAGCAGCCUCAAGACCAGGACCACUGUGGGAACUUCUUUUAGGGAGACUCCAACAGAGACUACCCCCACAGACACCACGAUGGGACUGGCCACCCUUCAAUCCCUGACCACAGGGAGUGGCAGCACCAAACUCCUUCACUUGUCCACAGGAACUGUGGUGCCAGCAGAAUCAUCUACAGAAACAGUGGUAGUUACAAAUAACAUCUCACCCUCCCCAUAUCCAGUUGAAGCUCGGGCCACUAUAUACUCUGGGACACCAGAAGGGACAAGCCAGUCAAGAGGAACAAUGUCUUUCCUCCACCGAGAGUCAACUUCCACAAGGAAUGUCCAGCAAGUCAGCUCAGUCCUGACUUCUAAAACAACUGAAAUGGACUUGUCCACAUGGCUUGGUUCCACGGAAGGGACCACAAUGGACAAGCAUUUCCCUUCUAGCCCAUCUUCCACUGGCCUUCAGGACUCUGCGACAAGUUUUGUUAUAACCCCCAAGGUAGCCACAGGCUCAGUGACAGAGAAAUCUGAACUUAAAACCAAGACAUGGGUCAGCAGCAUGGUCGCUCCUUCCAUUGCCUUCAGUAAAAGGGCAGUGACAGCUGAACAGCAGACAGGUGGAUCUGUGGGGGAGGCUUAUUCAUCUGCUAUCACAUGGUCAGAGAAGACAACUGGGAGUGAUCUGAUUCAUGGUGCAUCCCCAGGGGCCACAGACACAUUGCAUCUAACCUCCAUAGAACAAACCACAUCACCAUCUCUGACCUUUAAAAGCCAAGCCAUUACCAGCUUCACCAAUGCCUCAGGAGGAGUAAUGAGCUCUUCACCAUCUAUCACAUUUCCUUCAAUGAGAUCUAAGACUCUAGUGGCCAUCACAAGUGUAGCAACUAGUGAUGCUUCCUCUAUGCCUGGACAACUGUCAGAGACCUCAUCUCCUGCAGAAGUGAGCGUCAUGGGUGUAACCACAGCCCCCACUCCAGAUGUCUCCACCACUAUCACCACCAUGGGAACAAACUCAGUCCUGACUACCAUGUCUAACCCAGAGAGGAGAGUGAGCACCCUGGCCACGGAGACCAGCAUGUCUUCCCUAGAGCCUGCUUCCACCUGGUCACCUACAACUGCUUCUACCCCAACAUCAGGCCCCUGGGCUAUAACAGACACAGGUUCUCCUGAAACAAGUUCUGCAAUGGGCACAACUUCAUCCUUAGUAUCUAGCACUGAAUCAGGCUCUUUAUCUACUCCCCAUGGUCUUGUGACCAUCAUUGGAACCAGCCUGCACAUUCCAUCAUAUGCUUCAGCUAAAGAGACGAAGUCCACAAAUAAGAGAACAUGGAGUCCUUCAGACACAACUACAUCUAUGCCCAUCUCAACAACUUCUGGUACUGCAACGAUGAGCCCCUCACUUCCUCAUGAUUUAAGCACAAGUUGGACUACUGACCAUCCAAAUACAAAGACUGAACCCAAUAUCCUCCAAUCCAAUUCUCAGCCUGAUUUUCUGCCCACUCUUGACUGGGCUACUGGGAAAUCGGUGUCAACAUCCACAACCACUACUUCACAUCCUCAAGGGAACACAUUUCAAGAAAUAUCUGUGGGGAACAUGAUCAGCCGAACUACCUCACAGCUGCCAGUCUUUGCAAAAAAAAUUACAGGAGGGGUCACGAGUAAUGAAAUGGUAAGUCAUUCUACAAACAUGUUAACAGGGAGGCCAGCACUCAUCAGCAAAGAAGCAGGACACAGUAUUAACGAGAUUCCUACCAUAAAAGGUAUAACCAUGGCCACCAAAACAGUUCUCCCUGGGGCUACAUCACAGGGCACAGGUGCCUCGGAUGCAUCAGCCACAGCCUCCUGGGCAGAGGAUCACGCAGCUGGGACUCAGGGUUUUGCACGCCCAGAAGUCACCAUGAGCAUGGGCGCAGGUUCUGAGGAUGGCUCAGGGACAAGCCCUUCCUCUGACCUAGACCUCACAUCUCCAUCCUCCCUGGUGCCUUCCCGGGCCAUGACCUCACUUUCUCUAGUUUCCGCCACGUCACAAGCCAGGGGCCUUUCUGCACCUGUCCCCGCCACCUCACCUGGUGCCCCUGGUAAACUGGGCACCACUGGCACAUUGAGCACAACUUUGGGACGUGUGACAAGUUUACCUUCAGAUUUGAGCAGCACCUCAGUUGAGACCCGGGUAAUUUCAGAAGCCUCUACCACCACAGAGGGACUCCACCUUUCCGAGAACACAGCAGUGACCAGCAUGGGGAUCAUCAGUACUGCACAGGAUUCCCAGUCCUCUGCCCCAGCAGACUCAGAGACACCCAAAGACACCACUCCAAUCGUCACCUCUUCCCUCAGUGGGAAUGCCACGGUUUCCACACGAAUGGCUGGCCUUUCUGAAGCCACAGAGUUGAAGACACAGUCAACGUCAUCCCUUGCCCCAGAACUGGGGGACACCAGCGCUUCCCAGCACACUGUCAUGACCUCAGAGAAAGUCACUGUCCCUUCUGUUAUUGAUACUACCAAUGAGGCCUCCAGGACCGAUGUCAUCUCCUCUAGCAGGACAUCCAUGCCUGGCCCUGCUCCAUCCACGCUGUCACCAGACAUCCCCAUGGCAAUCAACACCAGGCCAUCUACCUCUCCCGUCAUGAAAGAGUCCACAACCAUAACCAUGGCCACAGAAACAGUUCUCCCUGGGGCUACACCACAGGGCACAGGUGCCUCGGAUGCAUCAGCCACAGCCUCCUGGGCAGAGAGUCACGCGGCUGGGACUCAGGGUUUUGCACGCCCAGAAGUCACCAUGAGCAUGGGCGCAGGUUCUGAGGAUGGGUCACGGACAAGCCCUUCCUCUGACCUAGACUUCACAUCUCCAUCCUCCCUGGUGCCUUCCCGGGCCAUGACCUCACUUUCUCUAGUUUCCCCCACGUCACAAGCCAGGGGCCUUUCUGCACCUGUCCCUGCCACCUCACCUGGCGCCCCUGGCAAACUGGGCACCACCGGCACAUUGAGCACAAAUUUGGUACGUGUGACAAGGUCACCUUCAGAUUUGAGCAGCACCUCAGUUGAGACCCGGGUAAUUUCAGAAGCCUCUACCACCACAGAGGGACUCCACCUUUCCGAGAACACAGCAGUGACCAGCAUGGGGAUCAUCAGUACUGCACAGGAUUCCCAGUCCUCUGCCCCAGCAGACUCAGAGACACCCAAAGACACCACUCCAAUCGUCACCUCUUCACUCAGUGGGAAUGCCACGGUUUCCACACGAAUGCCUGGCCUUUCUGAAACCACAGAGUUGAAGACACAGUCAAUGUCGUCCCUUGCCCCGGAACCGGGGGACACCAGCACCUCCCGGCACACUGUCACGGCCUCAGAGAAAGUCACUGUCCCUUCUGUAACGUCCACUGAUACUACCGAUGAGGACCCCAGCACCAACGUCAUCUCCUCUAGCAGGACAUCCAUGCCUGGCCCUGCUCCAUCCACGCUGUCACCAGACAUUCCCAAGGCAUUUAACACCGGGCUGUCUACCUCUCCCAUCAUGACAGAGUUCACAGCCAUAACCAUGGACACCGAAACAGUUCUCCCUGGGGCUAUAUCAGAAGGAACAGGUGCCUCGGAUGCAUCAGCCACAGCCUCCUGGGCAGAGAGUCACGCAGCUGGGACUCAGGGUUUUGAACGCCCAGAAGUCACCAUGAGUAUGGGCGCAGGUUCUGAGGAUGGGUCACGGACAAGCCCUUCCUCGGACCUAGACCUCACAUCUCCAUCCUCCCUGGUGCCUUCCCAGGCCAUGACCUCACCUUCUGUAGUUUCCCCCACAUCACAAGCCAGGGGCCUUUCUCCACCUGUCCCUGCCACCUCACCUGGCACCCCUGGCUUGCUGGGCACCACUGGCACAUUGAGCAAAACUUUGGGACAUAUGACAAGGUCACCUUCAGAUUUGAGCAGCACCUCGGUUGAGACCCGGGUAAUUUCAGAAGCCUCUACCACCACAGAGGGACUCCACCUUUCCGGGAACACGGCAAUGACCAGCAUGAGGAUCAUCACUUCUGCACGGGAAUCCCAGUCCUCCACCCCAGCCGACUCAGAGACACCCAAAGGCACCACUCCAAUCGUCACCUCUUCCCUCAGUGGGGAUGCCACGGUUUCCACACGAAUGGCUGUCCUUUCUGAAACCACAGAGUUGGAGACACAGUCAACGUCAUCCUUCGCCCCAGAACUGGGGGACACCAGUGCCUCCCGGCUCACCGCCAUGACCUCAGAGAAAGUCACUGUCCCUUCUGUAAUGUCCACUGAUACUACCGAUGAGGACUCCAGCACCAACGUCAUCUCCUCUAGCAGGACAUCCAUGCCUGGCCCUGCUCCAUCCACGCUGUCACCAGACAUCCCCACGGCAAUCAACACCAGGCUGUCUACCUCCCCCGUCAUGACAGAGUCCACAGCUAUAACCAUGGCCACCGAAACAGUUCUCCCUGGGGCUACACCACAGGGCACAGGUGCCUCGGAUGCAUCAGCCACAGCCUCCUGGGCAGAGAGUCACGCGGCUGGGACUCAGGGUUUUGCACGCCCAGAAGUCACCAUGAGCAUGGGCGCAGGUUCUGAGGAUGGGUCACGGACAAGCCCUUCCUCUGACCUAGACUUCACAUCUCCAUCCUCCCUGGUGCCUUCCCGGGCCAUGACCUCACUUUCUCUAGUUUCCCCCACGUCACAAGCCAGGGGCCUUUCUGCACCUGUCCCUGCCACCUCACCUGGCGCCCCUGGCAAACUGGGCACCACCGGCACAUUGAGCACAACUUUCGUACGUGUGACAAGUUCAUCUUCAGAUUUGAGCAGCACCUCAGUUGAGACCCGGGUAAUUUCAGAAGCCUCUACCACCACAGAGGGACUCCACCUUUCCGGGAACACAGCAGUGACCAGCAUGGGGAUCAUCAGUACUGCACAGGAUUCCCAGUCCUCCGCCCCAGCGGACUCAGAGACACCCAAAGACACCACUCCAAUCGUCACCUCUUCGCUCAGUGGGGAUGCCACAAUUUCCACACCAAUGGCUGGCCUUUCUGAAACCACAGAGUUGAAGACACAGUCAACAUCAUCCCUUGCCCCGGAACUGGGGGACACCAGCACCUCCCGGCACACCGCCACAGACUCAGAGAAAGUCACUGUCCCUUCUGUAAUGUCCACUGAUACUACCGAUGAGGCCUCGAGGACCGACGUCAUCUCCUCUGGCAGGACAUCCAUGCCUGGCUCUGCUCCCUCCACGCUGUCACCAGACAUCCCCACGGCAAUCAACACCAGGCUCUCUACCUCUUCCCUUAGUGUUGAACCUGGGACAAUCACCAUCUUUACCACGAAAGGGCCUGCUGGUGUAACCUCCUUCCCAGAAUCCAAGGUUUCCGUGUCUGUAUCAGAAAGUACUCCUUACCUGAGUACAGUAAUGCUGUCUUCAGCUGAGACCAUUUCAAUUGACACAUUGGUGCCUUCUCUGUCUACAGUUACAUCUGGAGUUCCAGGUGACAGCUCAGCCACCUUCUCAGCCAGUUCAUUUCUGAGAACAGAACGAGGCCCUGGAGAUGCUAUGUCCACCAUUGCAGAGAGUCUACCUUCAUCAGCUUCAAUACCAUUCCCCUCUUUGACCUUCACUCCUGCUUACUCUUCAACCAGUCCAGCCCCCCAUGGAAUUACUUCCUCACUGGUUACCCAACGUAUGGUGGGCACCAACACUGGGGCGGAGAGGAGCACUGCUGAAGGACCCUUGGGUGUGGUCAGUACUUUGGAGACAUGGACUGAGCCAGUCAGGACAUCUUUAUCAACCAUUGUGGAUACCAGAAUGACAGAGCAUAUUCACUUGGGAACAGUGACAAGUUCUUCUCAACUUCCUCCACAAUCAACACAGUUGACAAGGACUGAUGGCAUCAUGGAGCACAUCACAGAGAUACCCAAUGAAGCAGCCCAUGGAGGAGCCACAGAACCAGUCCAUGUCCCUGUGGCACCCACAUCAUCUGCUAGUCCUAGAGGACCACCAACAGAGUGGACAGAAAAAGCAGAAAUCACAGCUCUGAAGACCACUUCUACAGCAACUUUGACCACUACAGUCUCUACUCCCACUUCCAGAAUGCUGACUCUCCUCAGGACAUCAGGUAAAACAGCCAGCACAAGCACAAGAGGAAUGACCAUUACAACCCCAGAUGUUUCCCCUGAUGUUCUAGAGAUGACAGCCUCAUUGGCCACCAGACCUGGAGCAGAGACCAGCACAGAACUUCCCAGGACAGCCUCAUCUGUUUUCAGGAGAGAGUCAGAAACGAUACCCUCACUAGUCCCUAGUUCUGGGGCAAAGAACAGUCCAGCUAUUCCAACUCUGACUGUUUCUUUUAGUGAGCCAGAGACCACAAUCUCAUGGGUCACUUAUCCUGCAGAAACCAGUUCAACUAUUUCCAGGGAAACCCUGAAUGUUUCCCACAGUGACUCAGAUAGCACACCCCCAAUAGCUACCGGUUCUGGGGAAGAAGUCAGUUCAGCUGUUCCAACUCUGACUGUCUUCCCUGGUGUACCAGAAAUGGUGACCGCCCUGGUAACUAGUCCUGCGGCAGAGACAAGUAUGGUCCUUUCAACUCUGACUGAUUCCCAAGAUGCACCCGAGACCUCUGCCUCAUGGGUCACCCAUCCUGGGGCACAGAGCAGUUCAUCCAUUCCAACUCCAACUGUCUCCCCUGGUGUAAUAGGGGUGAAAAUCUCACCAGUCACCAAUUCUGGGGCAGAGGCCAGUAGAGCAUUUACAACUCUGACUGAUUCCCCACAUGAACCAGAGACAACAGCCUCACGGGUCACUCAUGCUGGAACAGAAGCCAUUUCCACUGUUGGAACUUUGACUGUUUCCCCUGGUGAGCCAAAUACAACAGCCUCAUGGGCUCAUUCCACAGAGAACAGCACACCUGUUUCCAGAAUAACUCCAAAUUUUGCCCAAAGUGAAUUAGACACCACACUCUCAAUGGCCACCACUCCUGGGGCAGAAGCCAGUUCAGCCACUCCAACAAUCACUGUCUCACCUGGUGUACCAGCUAUGAUGACCUCACAGGCCACUAGUUCUGAGACAGAUGCCAGUACAACCUCUUUGACUCUGACUGAAUCCCUGCGUGAAUCAGAUACAACAGUCUCCUUGGUUACCCGUCCUGCAGAGACCAGCCCAACAGUUCCCUGGACAACGCCCAAUGUUUCCCGUAGUGAAUCAGACAGCACACCCUCAACAGCCGCCAGCCUUGAGACAGAAGCCAGUUCAGCUGUUCCAACUACACCCAUCUCCCCUGGUGUACCAGAUAUGGUGACUUCACAGGCCACUAGUUCUGAGACAGAUGCCAGUAUGGUUAUUUCACCUCUGACUCUUUCUCCUGGUGAACCAGCAAACACAGUCUCAUGGGUUAAUCAUUAUGGAGCACAGACCAGUUCUUCCAUCCCAACUCCGACUGUCUCCCCUGGUAUAUUAGGGGUGGGGACCUCAGUGGUCACUAGUUCUGGGGCAGAGACCAGUGCAACUUUUCUAACUCUUACUGAUUCCUCGCAUGAUUCAGAAACAACAACCUUAUGGGUCACCCAUUCCGCAAAGACCAGCACACCUGUUUCUAGAAUAACUCCAAAUUUCUCCUAUAGUGAAUCCGAUAUCUCACUCUCAACAGUCACCACUCCAGGGGCAGAAAGCAGUUCACCUUCAGCUACAACUACCUUACCUGGUGUGCCAGGAUUGGUGACCUUACUGGUUACCAGUUCUGAGGCAGAAACCAAUCCAACUUUUACAACUCUGACUGAUUCACUGCAUGAACUGGAGACCACAGCCUCAUGGGUCACCCAUUCUGAGAAAGAAGCCAGUUCAGCUGUUUCAGCUCUGCCUAUUUCCCCUGGGGAGCCAGAUACAGCAGUCUCAUUGGUCACCCAUCCUGCAGAGACUAGCCCCACUAUUCCCAAGGCAACCCCCAGAUUUUCCCAUAGUGAAUCAGAUACCACACAUUCAAUAGCUACCAGUUCUGGGGCACAGACAGUUUCAGCCAUUCCAACUGCGACUGUCUCCCCUGGUGUAUCAGGGGUGGAAAUCUCACUGGUCACCAGUUCUGAGAAAGAUGACAGUAUGGCUAGUCCAACUCUGACUCUUUCUCUUGGUGAGUCAGUGACCACAGCCACAAUGGUCACUCGUUCUGGGGUACAGACCCGUUCAGACAUUCCAGCUCCAACCGUCUCCUCUACUGUGCCAGAGCUGGUGACCUCAAUGGUCACCAGUUCUGGGGCAGAAGCCAGUACAAUUCUUACAACUCUCACUGUUUCUCCAGGUCAACUGGAGACCACAGCCUCAUGGGUCACCCAUUCUGAGAAAGAAGCCAGUUCAGCUGUUUCAGCUCUGCCUAUUUCCCCUGGGGAGCCAGAUACAGCACUCUCAUUGGUCACCCAUCCUGCAGAGACCAGCCCCACUAUUCCCAAGGCAACCCCCAGUUUUUCCCAUAGUGAAUCAGAUACCACACAUUCAAUAGCUACCAGUUCUGGGGCACAGACAAUUUCAGCCAUUCCAACUGCGACUGUCUCCCCUGGUGUAUCAGGGGUGGAAAUCUCACUGGUCACCAGUUCUGAGAAAGAUGACAGUAUGGCUAGUCCAACUCUGACUCUUUCUCUUGGUGAGUCAGUGACCACAGCCACAAUGGUCACUCAUUCUGGGGUACAGACCCGUUCAGACAUUCCAGCUCCAACUGUCUCCUCUACUGUGCCAGAGCUGGUGACCUCAGUGGUCACCAGUUCUGGGGCAGAAGCCAGUACAAUUCUUACAACUCUCACUGUUUCUCCAGGUCAACUGGAGACCACAGCCUCAUGGGUCACCCAUUCUGAGAAAGAAGCCAGUUCAGCUGUUUCAGCUCUGCCUAUUUCCCCUGGGGAGCCAGAUACAGCAGUCUCAUUGGUCACCCAUCCUGCAGAGACCAGCCCCACUAUUCCCAAGGCAACCCCCAGUUUUUCCCAUAGUGAAUCAGAUACCAUACAUUCAAAAGCUACCAGUUCUGGGGCACAGACAAUUUCAGCCAUUCCAACUGUGACUGUCUCCCCUGGUGUAUCAGGGGUGGAAAUCUCACCGGUCACAAGUUCUGGAGCAGAGACCAGUUCAACUCUUACAACUCUCACUGUUUCUCCAGGUCAACUGGAGACCACAGCUUCAUGGGUCACCCAUUCUGGGAUAGAAGCCCGUUCAGCUGUUCCAACUCAGACUGAUUCCCCUGGGGAGCUAGAUACACCAGUCUUUUUGGUCACCCAUCCUGCAGAGACCAGCCCAACAGUUCCCCAAACAACUCCCAGUGUUUUCCAUAGUGAAUCAUAUACCACACCCUCAAUGACCACCAGCUGUGGGGCAGAAGCCAGUUCAGCUAUUCCAACUCAGACUGAUUCCCCACAUAAGCCAGAUAUAGCAGUCUCAUUGGUCAUCCCUUCUGCAGAGACCAGCCCAACUGUCCCCACAACACCUCCAGUUUUUUCCAAAAGUGAACCAGACACCAAACACUCAGUAGGCACCAGUCUUGGGGCAGAAGCCAGUUCAGCUGUUCCAACUCCGACUAUCUCCCCUGGUGUACCCGACAUGAUGACCUCCCAGGUCCCUAGUUCUGAGACAGAUGCCAAUAUGACUAUUCCAAGUCUAACUCUUUCUCCUGGUGAACCAGCAACCACAGCCUUAUUGGUCCCCCAGUCCAAUGCAAAGACAAGCGCCAAUUUUCCUGGUUCAACUGCUUUUCCUCAUUUACCAGAGACCGCAGCCUCACCAUCCAUCCAACCUGAGUUGGAGAUUAGUGAAGCUCUUCCAGCUCAGACUGUUUCCCUCAGUCCAGCAAAAAUAACAUCCUUCACCACACCUGCGACUGAGACCAGCAGAGUUGAUCUAGGUCCAACUAUCUCACUUGGUGUUCCUGCGGAAACAGCCUCACUCUCCACCCAUCUUGGCACAGACAUCACAACGAUUUCAAGUUCAACUCUUUCCCCCGUUUUAUUGGUGACCACAGGCUUACUGGCCACCAGCCCUGCAUCAGAUGCCAGCACAGGUAUCCCAACUUCGACUGCUGGUGAUCUUGGGCCUGUCAGUACCCCUGCAACCACUGGUGAGCCUUACACCUUAACUUCCUGGAGCACAGAACCCUCACCACCUGUGACCUCAGUUGGACUCCCUGAAUUGUCCAAGACUGUGAUGGGGAACACUCUGACCUUGAUAGCAUCAGAGACACCAACACCACCUAAAACCAGUCACAGAAAAGGACUGAAUACAACAACUGUCCUGAAAACCACAACUCUUGAGACCACCAAUUUAGCUGCUACAGGUUCAGGCCCCAUCAUAGUAGAGACCACAACCACCUUCAAUACAUCAGCAGGAAGUCCCUUUGUCCCUGAGACCUCACCUGGGAUGUCCACCUUGACCUCUCUGAGUGUGGCUUCGGAAACAACUGCAGUUCCUUUCUUGAUGCCUUUUACUGUCAACUUCACCAUCACCAACCUGCACUACACAGAGGACAUGGAAAACUCGAGCUCUGAGAUAUUCAGUGCCACUGAGAGAAACCUGCAGCACCUGCUCGGGACUCUGUUCAAAAACAGCAGCAUUGGUUCACUCUAUGCUGGCUGCAGUCUGACCUUGCUCAGGGCUGAAAAGGAUGGAACAAGCACCAGAAUGGACGCGGUCUGCACCUACCGCCCAGAUCCCACAGGCUUCAGUCUGGACAGAGAGGGGCUAUCCUGGGAGCUAAGCCAGCAGACCCAUGGUGUCACUCAGCUGGGCCCUUACACCCUGGACAGGGACAGUCUCUGUGUCAAUGGUUAUAACUAUCAGUACUGGAUCCCCACCACCAGCACUCCGCUGACUUCUACAUUCUCUCCAGGACUCCCUGCAUCUCUGCCUCCCACCCCCAACUCUACAGCUGCAGGUGUGGGUCCCGCCCUGGUGCCAUUCACCCUCAACUUCACCAUCACCAACCUGCUCUGCACCCCAGACAUGAGGCACCCAGGCUCCAUGAAGUUCAAUUCCACUGAGAGGGCCCUGAAGAGCCUGCUUGGUCCCUUAUUUAAGAACACCAGUAUUGGCCCACUGUACUCUGGUUGCAGACUGACCUUGCUCAGGACUGAGAAGGGCGGAGCAGCAACUGGAGUGGAUGCCAUCUGCACCUACCAUCCUGACCCCAUGGGCCGCAGGCUAAACAGAGUAGAACUAUACCAGGAACUGAAUCAGCUGACCCACGGUGUCACCUGGCUGGGCACCUACACCCUGGACAGAGACAGUCUCUACAUCAAUGGUUAUAACCAUCAGUACUGGACCCCUACCACCAGCACUCCAGUGACUUCUACAUUCUCUCCAGAAUCUUCCACAACUCUGUCCCCCAUCCUCAGCUCUACAGCACCGGUCCCUUUCCUGGUGCUGUUCACCCUCAACUUCACCAUAACCAACCUGCACUACGAACAGGACAUGCAGCAUCCAGGCUCUUGGAAAUUCACCUCCACGGAGAGGAUCCUGCAGGGUCUGCUCAAACCCCUGUUCAAGAAUAGCAGUCUGGGAUCCCUCUAUUCAGGCUGCAGACUAGCCUCGCUCAGGCCUGAGAAGGAUGGAGCAGCCACCAGAGUGGAUGCCAUGUGUAUGCAUCGCUCCGACCCUGAAGGCCGUGGACUGGACAGAGAGCAGCUGUACUGGGAGCUGAGCCAGCUGACCCAUGGCAUUGCCCUGCUGGGCCACUACACCCUGGACAGGAACAGUCUCUGUGUCAAUGGUUUCACCCAUCAGAGCCCUGCACCCAUCACCAACAGUUACACACAUCAGGUCCUGACCUCCACCCCCAGCACCUCUACCAUCUCCCCAGUGACCUCAGAGACCCCCAUCCCUACCUCCACAGCCACUGGUCCUGCCCUGGUGCUGUUUACUCUCAACUUCACCAUCACUAACCUGCACCACCAGGAGGGUAUGAGUCACCCUGGUUCCUGGAGGUUCAACACCACCCAGAGAAACUUGCAGCACCUGCUAGGACCCUUGUUCAAGAACACCAGUGUGGGCCCCCUGUACUCAGGCUGCAGACUGACCUUGCUCAGGCCUGAAAAGGGUGGAGCAGCCACUGGAGUUGACGCUAUCUGCACCUACCAACCUGACGCCUCAGGUCUCCAGCUGGAUAGGGAGCGGCUCUACUGGGAGCUGAGCCAGCAGACCCAUGGUGUCACCCAGCUCGGUUCCUACAUCCUGGACAGGGACAGUCUCUGUGUCAAUGGUUACACCAGACCACCACCGACCUCCAUCCCCAGUGUUCCUGUGACUUCCACGCCCUCAGAAGCCUCGGCAGCUCCAAUCUCCUUCUCCAGCUCUACAGCCUCUGGCCCUGACCUGGUUCCAUUCACCCUUAACUUCACCAUCACCAACCUGCACUACACGGAGGACAUGCAGCUUAUGGGCUCAGCUAAGUUCAACAAAACAGAGAAGAUCUUGCAGAGCCUGCUCAGACCCUUAUUCAAGAACACCAGUGUGGGCCCCCUCUACUCUGGCUGCAGACUGACCUUGCUCAGGCCUGAGAAGGAUGGGGCUGCCACUGGAGCGGAUGCCAUCUGCACCCACCGCCCUGACCCCGUGGGCCCUGGGCUGGACAGAGAGCGGCUGUACCAGGAGUUGAGCCAGCUGACCAGUGGCGUCACCAGGCUGGGUCCCUACACCCUGGACCCGGACAGUCUCUACAUCGAUGGUUACACCCGCCAGACCCGGGCCACCACCCCCAGCAGUUACACCUAUCCAGCUUCAGCCACCACCCCCAACACCACUGGCCCCAUUCUGGUGUCCUUCACCCUGAACUUCACCAUCACCAACCUGCACUACACCAAAGACAUGGGGCACCCAUCUUCUUCCAAGUUCAACUCCACUGAGAGGAUCCUCCAGCACCGACUCAGGCUUUUGUUCAACAAGACCAGUGUCGGCCCCUUCUACGCUGGCUGCAGACUGGCCUCGCUCAGGCUUGAGAAGGGUGGAGCCGCCACUGGAGUGGACAUCACCUGCACCAUCCACUCUGAUCCUGCAGGCCCCAGGCUGGACAAAGAGCAGCUGUACCGGGAGCUGAGCCGUGAGACCUAUGGCAUCACCCAGCUGGGGUCCUUCACCCUGGACAGGGAAAGCCUCUACAUCAAUGGUUAUAACUAUGGAGCCAUGGCCCCGACUACCACUACUGGGGAGGUCGGUGAGGAGCCGUUCACGCUGAACUUCACCAUUGACAACCUGCGCUACUCAGCGGAUAUGGGCCACCCCGGCUCCCGCAAGUUCAACAUCACAGACAGCCUCAUGCAGCACCUGCUCGGCCCAUUGUUCCAGAGGAGCAGCCUAGGAGCCCGAUAUGCAGGCUGCAAGGUCACCUCACUAAGGUCUGUGAAGAAUGGCGCCAAAACAAGGGUGGACAUCCUCUGCACCUACCGGCAGCCCCCCAGCAGCCCAGGUCUGCCUGCCAGGCAGGUGUUCCAUGAGCUGAGCCGGCAGACCCGUGGCAUCACCCGGCUGGGCCCCUAUUCUCUGGACAAGGACAGCCUCUACCUCAAUGGCUAUAAUGAACGUGGUCCAGAUGAGCCUCCGACAACUCCUGAGGCAGCCACCACAUUCCUGCCUCGUUCGUCACCACCUGUGCAACUAGAAGCCACCACAGCUAUGGGACACAGCCUGAAGACCCUCACACUAAACUUCACCAUCUCCAACCUCCAGUAUUCAAUGGAUCUGAACAAUGGCUCAGCUAUGUUCAACUCCACCAAGAGGACCCUGCAGCGCCUGCUUGGAUCCUUGUUUCUGAAAAGCAGUCUGGGCCCCUUCUACUCAGGUUGCAGACUAAUCUCCCUCAGACCUGAGAAGGAUGGGGCAGCCAGCCAUGUCGAUACCAUCUGCACCUACCACCAUGAUUCCAUGGGCCAUGGGCUGGACAGAGAGCGGCUUUACUGGGAGCUGAACCAGCUGACCCAUGGUGUCACCCAGAUGGGCCUCUACACCCUGGUCAGUGACAGCCUCUUCGUCAAUGGCUAUGCACCCCAGAGUUUAUCGACCCAGAGGGAGUAUCAGCUAAAUUUCCGCAUCAUCAACUGGAACCUCAGCAACCCAGACCCCAUAUCCUUGGAGUACACAGCCCUGUGGAGGGACAUCCAGGACAAGGUCACCAAACUCUACAGAGGCAGCCAGCUACAAGACAUAUUCCGCUCUUGUCUGGUCACCAACUUGACGUUGGGCUCCAUGUUUGUCACCAUCCAGGCACUGUUCUCUUCUAAUGUGGACCCCAGCGUGGUGAAGAAAGUCUUUCUGGACAAGACCCUGAAUGUCUCAUCACACUGGCUAGGCGCCACCUAUCAGCUGGCGGACCUUCAUGUGACAGAAGUGGAGCCAUCAGCUCAUCUACCAACAGACAAACCAACAAGCAGUCCCCGCCCUGAGCACUUCCAGCUGAGUUUCACUGUCACCAACCUACUCUAUUCCCAGGACACAGCCCAGCCGGGCACCACCAAACACCGGCAGAACAAGAGAAGUAUUGAGAAUGCGCUCAACCAGCUCUUCCAAAACAGCAGCAUCAAGAGUUUUUUCUCUGGCUGUGAAGUUUUAGCAUUCAGGUCUGUCCCCCACAGCAACCACACUGGGGUGGACUCCUUGUGUAACUUUUCACCAUUGGCUUGGAGACUGGACAGAGUUGCCAUCUAUUUGGAGUUCCUGAUGCUGACCAAAAAUGGUACCCAGCUGCAGAACUUUACCCUGGACAGAAACAGUGUCCUUGUGGAUGGGUAUUCUCCCAACAGAAAUGAUGUCUUAACUGAAAAUCCUGACCUCCCCUUCUGGGCCAUCAUCAUUAUCUGCUUGGUGGGACUCCUGGUACUCAUCACAUGCCUGAUCUGCUGCUUCCUGGUCACUGUCCACCAGCGGAAGAAGGAGGGAAACUACGAGGUUCAGCAGCACAGUCUGGGCUCUUACCUGCCACACCUGGAUCUGAGGAAGCUGCAGUGAGAGCUUUGCCUGAGGCUCCAGUGGAGCUUGGCUGGAGCAGGAAUAAACCACAUUGGUCGGACACA